GCAUAAUCUUGAAUCACACUGAAUAUCUUUGCGUUCUCUGUGACGCCCACUCCGUACCGGACAUGCGCAGUGUGUCGGGAGCAGGGGCCGGUGUUGGAAUGAUGGCGUCCUCGGCUGCCCGUUGUUCAUCACGCUGGAUUACAGUCAUCGUGUCCUCUGGACAUCGCAGGGCCGCCGGUGCUGUCGUCUGCACCGGCAAUGGAGGGGUCCGCAGUAUCUCUACUGUGGGAGCGGAACGACUGUGGCGGGGAGGGAACCUGAUGUGUGGCGGAGCAGGGAAAGCGUUGACAUUGAGAGGGCUGUCAGGUGUCAAAUCGCCCCAUGCUGCCUGCACACUGUCCUUUCACACUAGUGCCCCUGCUAGCAGCAAGCAGGACUUCUACCAGAUCCUCGGCGUACCUCGCACAGCAACGCAGAAAGAGAUCAAGAAAGCCUACUACCAGAUGGCCAAAAAGUAUCACCCUGACACCAACAAAGAUGACCCACAAGCCAAGGAAAAAUUUGCUCAGCUGGCCGAAGCUUAUGAGAUCCUGAGUGAUGAAGGAAAGAGGAAGCAGUACGAUACGUAUGGCUCAACGGGCUUUGAAGCUGGUCAGGCCGGUGGUGGAGGGCAGCGCUACUGGUCUGGACAGGCCAGCAGUGUGGACCCAGAGGAGCUCUUCCGCAAGAUCUUUGGGGAAUUCUCUGGAGGCCGGGGGUUUGGAGACUUCAAUGCCAUAUUUGAACAGCCACAGGAGUACAUCAUGGAGCUGACAUUCACUCAGGCAGCAAAAGGAGUCAACAAAGAGUUUUCCGUUAACAUAGAAGCAGCCUGCGAGCGCUGUGAUGGUAAGGGUCACGAACCAGGCACCAAAGUCCAGCACUGCAACUUCUGCAAUGGCUCCGGCAUGGAAACCGUGAACACAGGCCCGUUUGUGAUGCGCUCCACAUGUCGUCGUUGUGGUGGCAAAGGCACAGUCAUUUCCACCCCCUGUCACUCCUGUAAUGGGGUGGGACAGACCAAGCAGAGGAAGACUGUGAUGGUCCCUGUGCCUGCAGGAGUGGAGGAUGGUCAGACUGUCAGAAUGCCAGUUGGUAAAAAGGAGAUCUUCAUCACAUUUCGGGUCCAAAAAAGUCCUGUGUUCAGGAGGGACGGCGCAGACGUCCACUCUGACCUUUUUGUCUCUGUGGCGCAAGCUAUCCUGGGUGGCACGGCCAGGACACAAGGCCUUUAUGAAACCCUAAACUUAUCAAUCCCUGCAGGCAUCCAGAUAGACCAGAGGAUUCGUCUGUCAGGGAAGGGGAUCGCUCGCCUCAGUGCCCAUGGCUUCGGAGAUCAUUAUGUCCAUGUCAAAAUAAAAGUUCCCAGGACACUGACAGACAGACAAAGAGCUCUGCUAAUGAGCUACGCUGAGGAGGAGACGGAUGUGGAGGGGACAGUAAACGGUGUCACUAACACCACCACAGGUGGGGGAAGCAGUGGUAAGCAGUCUGAGGCAGGGCAAAGCGAGCAUGACAAGAAGGAAGGAGAGGGGGGCUUCUUCUCCAAAUUAAAGAAAUUGUUUAGUUCUUUCUGACAGCCGCAAACCAGGUAAAAGGUCCUCCUGGAACUGAGAAACUUCAUCAGUAGAUCAGAAUGCAGAAGGGAGGACAGCAUAAAGCAAGCACAGUCACAUUAUAAAGGGACAGGUGGCUAAGGAGUAUUGGGCGUUGGAUGAGGCCUAUUAAGGUUCUGGAUGGAUCAGUACGGACCGACCUACCCAGCCCUGCAGUGAAUAAGACA